GCGAGCUUUUGCGACAUUCCGAUUGUGAGAAUUGUUUACCUUUAUGAGCGGAAUUCUUUGUAAAACUAUUUGCUAUUGGAAAAGCCAGCCAAACGACAAGAAAAGAAAUACACGAAAGUUUUAAAAUCCAGUUAUGGUUGACGCUCGUCGUUGGCUCCAGUAUUUCAUCAGUUUGGAAGGUCUGAUAAAGAUCGCCGAGUUUAUUUUUUCUCUGGUGGCCUUCAUUCUGAUCCUGAACUUUGACAACUGGGGUGUUUUUUCCCGUUAUGGCUUUUACAUUAUCGUCACGGGAUUAUCUUGGACGUCCUUACUAAUCAUCCUUUUUCUCCAUUUGCUUGGAAUUUGUGCUGGUCAAGUUUAUGGCAGAUGGCAACGUGAAUACUCUCUGUUUGUCUUCAUGUUGAGUUACUCUCUUUCAUUCUUCUUUUUGUUCUUUUUUGGCUCGGCACUUCUUGCACAAUGGGCAUAUGACUUGGCAGAUGGUUUUCUUAUUCUUUCAGUGAUCCUCGGAUUUGUACUGGUCAUCUUGUUCUUCAUUGACUGUAUCAUCUAUUACAAACGUGUUCGCCUUAUUCGGUGGAGGAAGUAACAUGGAAACCAAAACGUACAGGCACAUCAUACACAUGAACAUUAUGACCCAAGAACUUUUUUUUUGUGUAUAAUUCUUGAAAUUUACUUACCUUGUAUAUUUGCUUCUCAAGAAUGUUUACAUUAGCUAUUAUUUUAGGCAUGAUACAAUUUGUGGAUAUAUUAGGAUUUCAAGUACCUAGAUGAGUAGUUUCUAACAUCGUAACUAAACCUUGACAUGUGCUAUUGAGAAUAACAUACUAUUAUGAUAUCAAUAAAUGUUGGUAAUUCUCUAAAA